AUGGACAGCGACAGGGAGUCAGUAGACCCCAGCACCCAGAGCUGCCCUGUGCUGCCCAUGUUCCACAGCUCUGUAGGGAAGCUGCACCAGCUGCUGGGCAAGGGAGAGUAUACGCUCCUGAAAGACGUCCCCACAUUUGAGAGUGACUUCAUACAGGUCAACAGACGGGGAGAGGUGAUCGACGUGCACAACACCGUGCACACGGUGACGGUUGGCGUGGCCUACACUGGCCAGCACCUGCCAGCGCCAGAUGUCAUGCUGCUGGCUCAGCCGGCCACACAUUGUGUGGCCAAUGCCAGUGAUGACUCUGAUACCCAGAGAACGGACUUGAAGGCAGCAGAGAGCUUGGAACUGACCAGGCUGCUUCCUUUGAAGUUUGUGAAGUUAUCCAUCUAUAAUCACGACAAAAAGCAAUUCCAGCUGAAGCUUGCCACAGGCCGCUCUUUCUACCUGCAGCUGUGCCCUCCUUCCAAUUCGAAGGAAGAUGUGUUUGCCUGCUGGGAGGACCUGGUGGGCCUACUGAGGCCCCCCAUGGAGGCGUACAGCGGGACCCAGGCCCAGCCUGCGGGUGACAUGGUCUCCAUACCCGGGCUGGAGGUGGAGGACAGGAGGAGCCCAUCUGCCAUGGAGCUCCACGGACAAGGGGACCAAGAUCAGGUCAACGGCAGCAGCCUUUCUGUGCUCAGCGAUGUGUCCCUGGCUGCCUCCCUGGCCUACACAGGUGGGGAAGGAAACCGAGCACAGACCUCAUACUGUCUGCGCAGGAACACGCCAUCUGUCCUUAGCCCAGCACCUCCAAGGACAGAUCGCAGGGUGGCCCCCGGGGCAACAGGAACUCUGCAGGCUAGCAUGAAGGGGGCCACAGUUGGGGGCACAGACAGAAGGCCUGUUGGCAACACUGUGAACGGUUCGGACGCAGGACCCUCCAUCUGGGCCUAUCCCAAUGAAGGCAGCACAAGCAAACCAGAUGGACACCAGAGACUCUCGCCGGUUCAGGCCAAAGCCCCGAGGACGAGUAAGGACAAGGAGAGAAUGCCCACCGAAAGGCUUUACCUUCUUAGCAGAAUAUGGGAAAACACAUCAUUCCUGAAGUCACAGGGAACCCCGUGGGGAGACAAAAGGGAGAAUCAGGGCAGCCUCAAGGAGCGAGGGUGUGGUUCCCUGCUGCAGGAGUACAUAAGCCUCAGCCUCACCCAGAAAGGGUCCAGGUGGGUGGACUGA